GUGUCGGUUUUUAUUCGGGAGAACGGCAGCUGUGGUGCGUUGGUUCUUGCUAUAGUUCAGGAAGGGAGCGUGCAGAGUCCUUGAUGCCGUCUGCCCGUCCGCAAUCAAUCCCAGGAAUGUCAGUUGAAGUGAAUCCGCCAGACAAAACAUCACUGACAAAGCAAGACAUGGAAAACAAAGAAAAUGCAAAUAGUCCCGCAUGGAACCAAGUGGGUUGUGCUCUGGAAAAAAGUUCUGCAUCUCCAUCAUCCUUGAAUUCAUCUGCUGUCCUGAAGCAAAGUACUAGAGGUAUAAACUGUGGCCCUGGCGCUAUUACAAUGGCUGCUGUUCCCAAAGUUGAGCCUGCUGAAAUAAAGAACCCGCGCAUGUCAUUCAGUCAGACCUUCUUACUCAAGAAAAGCACAAAAGAAAAGCAGCAGAAUUCCAGUGUGAGCCUUCCAGAGAAGCGGGUGCUUGGCUCCUAUCGUGGCAAGAUAGUGUCAUCUAAGAUAAACUCUUUCAGAAAAUCAUCAGAGAAUGAGGAGAGAAAGAAUUCUUUGGUUGCUCCUGCUAAGCCAGUGGCAAAGACUGAACCUACAAAGGACAGAGUCACUAACGCAGGGAUUGCUUCUAAAGCCAUACAUAUGCCAUCACGUCAAACCAAGCCUCCUGUUAAGGUAUUGGUUGCCCAGCCCAAAGCCAUCUGGAACCGUGAGAAACCAUCAGUCAGGACUUCAUUGGUGAAUCAAGUGGCUAUCCAAAAAAAGCCCAAUAAGAAUUGGACACCAAUGUUAAAAACAGUAUCAUGUAAUGCUGCUAACUCUGAACAAAGACCAAAGAAGGCAGUUCCAUCGACAGGAGCUUUGACAGGCUCUGCUUCUGAAAGUAAUGGCACUAACCGUCUGUUGGCAUCAAAAACAGUUGGCAACAGGAAAAGUGCUCUGCUCCAAUCUGCAGAAAUGAGAAGAUCUCAGCUGGCUGCCUGGCAAGCAUCUAAAGGGAAAGUGUUGAAGAAGCCACCUGCUCCCUUACCAACAGAUGCUCGGCCUGCAAUAGAAGAAGAAGAAGACCAAACUGAAAAAGAACCACCCGAAUCCUUCUGGGCUGCCAUAGCAGAGGAAGAUGAACAACAAUUAUUCAGUGAUACAGUCAAUAAAACCCUCACAGAAUGUCUGUCCUUAAUUGGGAAGGGUUACUCGUCUGAUAAGAUACAUUCCACUUUGGAAGAACUGAUACGGAGCGUUCCAGAUGCAAAGAAGCUUGCGAAGUAUUGGGUAUGCCGAAUGCGUCUUGAACAAUUGGGUACUCUUGAAAAGGUCAUGGCUGUCUACGAGGAAGCCAUUUUGGCAGGAGCACAGCCUAAGGAUGAGUUACGUAGUACGUUAACGGAUGUCUUGAAAGAUAUAAAAAAUCUACCCAAAUCUGACGGAGAAUGCAGAAAGAAAGAAGUAGAUGAGGAGAAUGUAGAAGUCCAGCCAAAGAGCGAGGUGAAACCUAGCGAUGGAGAGACUCCCUUGAAAGCAGAAGCACGUUUGAAGCCUGAAGAGGAGAGCGUUCUGGAUGAUGAACAGCACAGGAUUAAAGAGUCAGACCAAAAGCCUGCAGUGUAUAAAAAAGAGCAGAAUGAGACACAGAAGGAUGGAAUCCUGGAGUUUAAAACCCCAGAAAAUGACAACCCAGGGUCAUACUUGAUUAAGUAUAAUAUAUCAACUACUCCCUCCUUGGAAAGUAUGAAGAAAAAACUGAUGCGUGAAAAUAGCGAGUCUGCUGUUAAAGAUCUGAAACUUCUAACUCCGGUGAGACGUUCUCGGCGCCUACAAGGGAAAGAAUGCAAGCUACCAAAUAUGCUGAAAGAUCAUAAUCCAUGCGUUUCUUCAUUGGAACAACUUGGAGAACUGGGAGAGGAACCCAUUGCCUUUGUCUAUAGACCAAACAAUGCACUACACAAAGUCAUGGAAGGGCAAGACAAAAAUGUGACCUUACAGAAUUAAAAAAAUGUCUUUAGUGUAAGCAUGACUCUCCCAUUCUCACAAGAAAGGGAAAGGGAGUAGAGGGGUGUUAUAUGUCUUCAUCUAACCAAUAUUUUUAAAGAACACCGCUCACAUCAUAGUUGCAGAUACUAACCAGGCUAUUACAUAUAUGCUAUGCAUUAAAUGUUUCUGUAGCUCGAUACUGCCCU